AUGAAUGCACUUCUGAGAGUACCCCUUCUGCUCACUAUCUUCUUGUCUACAAAGAGUGCCCUAGGAGACUAUGGAAAUCUACACUCCGAAACUGAGGAGAUUAGGUCAAUUAUAGUCAUUGAUAACGAUUUCGAGGAUGCGGAAGAUGUCGAAGAGGACCCACAAAGGAUUCCAAUCACCCUUGACAUAGCUAUGGAGGUGCCUGCUAUAAUUACGGCAACAAACUUUUCUGGCGCAUUUUAUUAUGAGAUUGACCAAGACUACCAUGAAGAUUACAAAAUUGGUGAUGUAAUGGAUGACUGGGAAGUGAUUUCUGAGGACAACGACCUAAUUGUGGAGAGAUUUGUAUACUUUUGCAGAGAAGAUGAUGGGAGAAAGGUUGUUAGAAUCACUGAUUAUUGCAUAGAGGACAACGGGGAAAUUAUCUCUAAGGUUAACGAGCUUGUAAAGGAACCAGGAUCUCAUUAUCUACCACUGACGAGAUACCAUAUAGAAAUCGACAUAAUCUCCAAUGACCUUCCCAACGAGAUUGAACGCAUUACAGAUCCGUCUGGAGAGACGGUAUUCAGGGUAAGGCCACAAUCGAUCAACACUGCCUACAUUGGCUUGGUGAGAUAUGGCGACCUCCCGGUAGACGAACUGCUGAGAGAUUGUAUUAUUGAGAAGAUUGUCAUCCUGGAUACAAGUGGCAUGAAUCCAAAGAUUUGUGUUUUGUCACUCUUAAGAGAAAAUAACUGGAUCAGCUCAGAAUACUCCUUUAUAACAGAUGAGAAUGGAGGAAGAAUAGUUUACGAAGAUGAUGAAUAG